AUGUCGCCAGUGGUUGGUGUCAAGAAACACAAGCUCAAGUCCAAGUCGGAGCGAAGAAGCAACAAGUUUUGGGCGCAGGGAGCUCGAGAGGUCUUGCUCAAGGCUCAUCUGGCCGGCUAUGCUGAUGCACUCGCCCGAGGUCGCCGUGCCGAACGUGUUUACUUUCAAGCCGUGUGUCAGGAGUACCAUGCGCAGAUCCCAUGGCAUAUGCGCGAUGACGAGGAGCCCCAGUUACCAUUUCCCCAGUAUGAUCCCAAAGCACGAGAGGAACACGAGGAUUUGACAGAGGAGGAGCUCGUUAUCAAACGCGAACGCAAAAUCACGCUGAAUCGGCGGAUUCGACAAUGGUUGAAGUAUCGCACUCGCCGCAUGAGACGGGGGGACAACGCUGCCAUCGACAUCUUUGACACACUCCUCCUCAAGCUCGCUGGCGUAAAGAGGGUCAACAAGGCGCGGUCGGGUGUUCAGCAGUUCAUGCAUGAGGCGUACAACACAGUCAUUGCCCCCAUUGUCAACAAGGCUUGGGAGGAUAUGCCCACGGGGAGGAAGGCGGUAAAUACUCCGAACCCCGACAUCAACUUCAAAACCAAGAUCGCAUCAUCCCUCUUCCAGGCCAUGUCGAAGGCGGAGCAGGACGGUUACCGCAAGAAGGCAAAGCAGGCCAAGGAAGCGGCUCAGCGCGAGCAGGAUGAGGUCAGGAAUGGUCAAUGUAAGGAUCCAGCAGUUCGGCAGAGACGAAUCGAUGCAUUGGGCGAGUUCUUCGCGCCCAUCCUCCAGGGCAUUUACGAGUAUACUGGCCUACACACGACUGUAAUUGCUGGCGGACCCAUUCCAAAAUACAACGGCGAGUUGCGCAGCAUUCACAUCUCGUAUGGGCGGAGUGCAACUGUGGCUGGCACACACCUGCCUGAAUUUGCUGGUGAACGCUGGGAGAAGCAGGUCCUCUCACUGGUGCGAGAAUAUCUGAAAGCAGCCUUUGAUGAUAAGGAUAUCGAAGAAGCGGCGCUUCUGGAUGACCUGGCAACCGCAGCAUACCGCAUCGACCCCGACGUGGAUGCAGCUCUGAAAGCCGAUGAGCAGGAGGGCACCGAUUCCGAGACCGACUCAGAUAACUCAGACUCGGACUCUGACUCGAACUCGGAUUUGGAUUUGGACAGCACUCAGGAAACACAAAACCAGUCUCAUUGCGAGGUGUCCCUGCCAAGCACAGAUGGCGUGGCAGGCUCGAGCGGCCUGGGCGAGAGUUCUGGCGCAUCGGGUUUGCGGGCAGAGGCAGAGGGGAGGGAUGCGGCUCCCAGCCACCAUGACAUUGAUCAAUACACCGAUAGAUGGACAGCCCCGUUUGUGCGCAAGGUCAUUCAGACGGCGCUCCUCGACAACUACGACAACGUGAGAAUGGACACCGUUUCCCCGGUCGACCUCGUGACUGACACUAACCGACGCAUAUUCCGGAUGGCCGUGAACAAGAUUGUUAUGGAGCGCAUGAAACUCAGGAAUGAUAUGCAGGCACUCAUGGCAAAGCCAACGCAGUCUUCGCGGCCUGCGCCAAAGAAGCGCACUCGCCAGCUGGACAGCGCAUUGUCAAGGGCUGCUGGUGCUGCAAAGCGCCCUCGCCGUUCCCAGGCCGCAUAUGCAGAGCCUGCAUCCACGACGGAGCCUGCAUCCACGACGGCUGCACCAGCGUUGAGAGAAGGAACUGCCCCCAGAUCUGACACUCCUCCCUCCAUCUCUCCUUCUCGCUCUAUGCACAUGCAGUCGCCAUCUCCCAUACGUGAAGUCGUACCCCCUGCCAAUACGCGUAGAUCUCCUCCUUUUGACUCGCCUCGCACCACGCCUCACACGCCCCCUCUCAAUUUGCGCGCAAUCACCCCAGCCAUUGUCGUGGACCAAACCCUAGUCACUCGGACCGCCUCGCUCGACCUUCAGUUCCCACCCGAUGCCCCAGACUGGCUCAAGACGCGUGUCAAUGCUCUUGCCAAGACGUUGCUCGGUGUGCACUUCGAUGCACUCCUGCAGACGUUGGUACGGCUAGAGACCAAUCUAGGUUUCGAUUCGGAUUUCCACUCAGAAGUGCCAACAAAGCAUCGUCCCAAGGCUGUCGAAGACUGGAUGAAGAGCAAGACCUUUGUGGUUAAAGUCCAGCGCAGCGCAAAGCGGUUCCAGGAGACAUUCCACAAGUGGUGGAAUGUACUGCAGCCGGAAUGGCGUAUGAGGGAUUCGAAUGGGACGCUGGUGAGCGGAGGUGAUGCCCGGUACGGUAAGGAUACCGAGUGGGAUCCCAUUGAUUGUCCGGGACCUAAUGGGUGCAUCACUGUUGUUGCGGGAUUAGCCAUUUUGGGUGUGUCAAUCAACGAGGAGUCCACGCUAUACGACGAGUGGCUGACAAAAGUUGCUGAUGUCACCUGGAUGCUUGAGGGCUUGGCUCGUUCGAUGGACAGGCAGAAUUCCCGUUGGCCAAAGAAGACCAAGACCAAGGCUUGA